CGGCAUUGUGGGCGGGCGGCGCCGGGACGCCAUUUUCGGCGGCGGAGCGGGCGCGGCGAGGCUGCGGGAGCGCGGGCGGGCGGCCGGGGAUGCUGCGGGGUGGCCGCGGAGGCGCCCCUCGCUGGUGACCGCGGCUCCGCGCCUCGGGCGGCCGCUCCCAGCCCACAGCGCGAGCGAGCGCGGCCCUCCGGACGGACGAAUGUAUGACAACAUGUCCACAAUGGUGUACAUAAAGGAAGACAAGUUGGAGAAGCUUACCCAGGAUGAGAUCAUCUCCAAGACCAAGCAAGUAAUUCAGGGGCUGGAGGCUUUGAAGAAUGAGCACAACUCCAUUUUGCAGAGUUUGCUGGAGACACUGAAGUGUCUGAAGAAAGAUGAUGAGAGCAAUCUGGUGGAGGAGAAAUCCAAUAUGAUACGGAAGUCACUAGAGAUGCUGGAGCUUGGCCUGAGUGAGGCGCAGGUUAUGAUGGCCUUGUCAAAUCACCUGAAUGCUGUUGAGUCAGAGAAACAGAAACUGCGUGCACAAGUUCGUCGUCUGUGCCAGGAGAAUCAGUGGCUGCGGGACGAGCUGGCCAACACACAGCAGAAGUUACAGAAGAGCGAGCAGUCUGUGGCUCAGCUGGAGGAAGAAAAGAAACACCUGGAAUUUAUGAACCAGCUCAAGAAGUAUGACGAUGACAUUUCCCCCUCGGAGGACAAAGACACCGAUUCUGCCAAAGAACCCCUGGAUGAUCUCUUCCCAAAUGAUGAGGAUGAGCCAGUCCAAGGAAUCCAGCAGCAGCAUAGCAGUGCCGCCGCCGCCGCCCAGCAGGGUGGCUACGAGAUCCCAGCACGGCUGCGCACACUCCACAACCUGGUGAUCCAGUAUGCCUCGCAGGGGCGCUAUGAGGUGGCGGUGCCGCUCUGCAAGCAGGCCCUGGAGGAUCUGGAGAAGACUUCAGGCCACGACCAUCCUGAUGUGGCCACCAUGCUCAACAUCCUGGCCCUGGUGUACAGGGAUCAGAACAAAUACAAAGAUGCAGCCAAUCUGCUGAAUGAUGCUUUGGCCAUCCGUGAGAAGACACUGGGCAAGGAUCACCCCGCGGUGGCUGCGACCCUGAACAACCUUGCUGUGCUGUACGGUAAACGAGGGAAGUACAAAGAGGCUGAGCCAUUGUGUAAGAGGGCCCUGGAGAUCAGAGAAAAGGUUCUGGGAAAGGAUCACCCUGAUGUUGCCAAGCAGUUAAAUAACCUGGCCUUACUAUGCCAGAACCAGGGCAAGUAUGAAGAAGUAGAAUAUUAUUACCAGAGAGCCCUGGAGAUCUACCAGACAAAACUGGGACCUGAUGACCCAAAUGUGGCCAAGACAAAAAACAACCUGGCAUCCUGCUACCUGAAACAAGGAAAAUUCAAGCAAGCAGAAACAUUGUACAAAGAGAUUCUCACUCGUGCACAUGAACGGGAAUUUGGUUCUGUGGAUGAUGAAAACAAGCCCAUCUGGAUGCACGCUGAGGAGAGGGAGGAGUGCAAAGGAAAGCAGAAGGACGGGGCGUCUUUUGGAGAGUAUGGAGGCUGGUACAAAGCCUGCAAAGUUGACAGCCCAACUGUUACAACUACUUUGAAAAACCUUGGAGCACUUUACCGACGUCAAGGGAAAUUUGAAGCUGCAGAGACGUUAGAAGAAGCCGCCAUGAGGUCUCGUAAGCAGGGUCUUGACACUGUUCACAAACAGAGAGUGGCUGAAGUGCUAAACGACCCUGAGAACAUGGAGAAGCGGAGGAGCCGGGAGAGUCUCAACGUGGACGUGGUCAAGUACGAGAGUGGCCCUGAUGGAGGGGAGGAAGUGAGUAUGAGCGUAGAGUGGAACGGGAUGAGAAAGAUGAAGCUCGGGCUGGUUAAGUGACUUGCUCAGCGUGAGCCCCAUGGCCUAGCCGCCCCUGCGCCUCUCACUCUGCUCCUGCAUGACGGGCGGCGCCCCUCUCCGGCUUCCCUCUCUCUUCAGUGCUGCCCGCUGUGUCUAGCAGCCCCUAGGAGCUUGUCAGAGCUGCACCUCUGUGACUGGCCCUUCCUCUCGGUGCUGCUGUCCUCUUGGGGGCUCCUGAUUUCUGUAUACAUGUAGCUUUGCCAGAUAUGUACUUAGUAAUAAGAACUGUAUUAAUAAAAUCCAUUUACUGUGUAAUACACAAGUUCAAAAAUUAAGAGCGAUUAGCUGUUCACUCUGAUACCAGGUAGUUAGAAGUGUCGCACAGGAGUUACCAUGGUGGCAUGACGGUGACCUGUGGACAGUCGCUGAGCUGUAGGAGUAGGGCAUGUGCUGCACGUUCCUUUGUGCUAGAGGCCUGGUGGGGCCCUGCAGGGCCUCCAGGACACGCUGCAGUAGUUUGCUGUGUAGUCUGUGUGAAGUUUGGCGAUUCUGCUCUCCUCUACUAAUCCUCAAGUGCUCGGUGAUAUGUGUAUUUGUGUCUUUCUAACUUCUAAUAAACUCACUCCAGCUGA